GAAUCUACAAGCCGCCAUUGGAGCCUACUAUGAUUUCGAGAGUCCAAACAUCAAUGUACCCUCCAUGUCCUUUGUUGAAGAUGUCACCAUAGGUGAAGGAGAGUCCAUCCCACCUGAUACCCAGUUUACAAAAACAUGGAGGAUACAAAACACAGGGACAGAGGCGUGGCCCCCGGGGGUUUGUCUGAAGUAUGUCGGGGGAGACCAAUUUGGCCACGUAAACAUGGUGAUGGUCAGGUCUCUGGAGCCCCAGGAGAUUGCAGACGUCAGCGUUCAGAUGUGCAGCCCCAGCACA